GUAGUCCAGUGACGGGGCGACGCCAUUUUAACUUCCUGCAUCAGAAAGAAGACGAGCCAGUCGCACAGUAUUUGUAUUCGAACCGUUUUCUUAAUAACCGUAACAAAGGGGGUUGUUUUGUUUGUUUUUCUUUCAGGGAUCAAACUAACUGCCUCUGUAUAGUUUCUGACAGCUGCUAACGGUUAGUUUCAGCCGAAGAGUCGCAAUGCCGAGCCACACGCUGCGUGUAGCGGUUGUGUGCUCGAGCAACCAGAACCGCAGUAUGGAAGCGCACAAUAUCCUCAGCAAACGUGGAUUCGAGGUGCGUUCUUUUGGGACAGGGUCUCAUGUGAAGCUACCCGGUCCUGCCCCGGAUAAGCCAAAUGUGUAUGACUUCAAAACGACAUAUGUACAGAUGUACAACGACUUGGUCCGCAAGGACAAGGAACUAUACACACAGAAUGGCAUCCUGCACAUGCUGGACCGCAACAAGCGCAUUAAAGCAAAGCCGGAGCGCUUUCAAAGCUGCAAGGAUAAGUUUGACCUGGUCAUCACCUGUGAAGAGAGAGUUUAUGACCAAGUGCUGGAGGAUCUGAACUCAAGAGAGCAGGAGACCCUACAGCCUGUGCACGUCAUCAAUGUAGACAUUCAGGAUAACCAUGAGGAAGCCACGCUGGGCGCCUUCCUCAUCUGUGAGCUGUGUCAAUGUAUCCAGGAAACUGAGGACAUGGAGGAUGAAAUAGAUGAGCUCAUACAAGAGUUUGAGGAGAAGAGCAACAGGCCUUUUCUUCACACUGUCUGUUUCUACUGAUAACACAAUAGAAAUCUGCAAUAAACACAGACCUAGGUCCCAAGCAAUCAAACAAUAGUAUUAUAGACACACACACAUACAAUUCUUACUCCUCAGACAUCCACAACACCAUACAUACACGUUGUGUGCCUACACAGCCACACACACAUACAUACAGACACACACACACACAGCUUUGGGUCAGGACCUAACAUGGCUGCUGUUGGACACAUUGGAGAUGAUGGGUUUAUCCUCUAUGCAGAGGAUGGACUCGCUGCUCUCGCUCUGCCUUCAUUUCUCCGGAUCAAGGUCAGGCCAAGGUCCUCCCUCCAUCCCAGUCCAGUGAAAUCACUCAACCAUGUCUCCUCAGGGAGAGCCAUAACAUCCACACCCCUGCAACAACUUCUUUACCAGUCCCUUUGAUUUUUGUUCAGUACAGCAACAAUAAUGCUGAUUUUUAUUUUCUCCAGAUGAUAUAUAAUUGCAAUUUAUUGAAGCGUAUAUGUCAGAUUUUUAUUCAUAGUUUGGGACAGUGUAAAUGUGUUUUUGGGGUCAGACAGGGAGAAUUAUUUGAACUGAAUGCGUGUUUUUGUGCGACCAUGUGUUGUAGGUUAGUUAGGAUUAAGUUAAAGUGGGUGGGCUAAUAAUGAAUAACCAAACCUAGACCUCUCUGAGGCCCUCCUCCAGUGUGUUUCCAAUAUAAUGUGUUGAUUCAUAUUUAAACUUGGAUAUGCUAUUUUCAGGGCAUAGUAUGUUUUUUUUUUCUUUUGUAAAUGUUAAAGAAUUGAAGCAUUGUAAUUAUUUGCAAAAUGCGAGCUCAGCUCAGAGUGCCUGAUUUUUCUGUAUGUACAUAUGAAUCCUCUAAUGAAAGAGAUCUCUACGAAAC